UGCAAACAAAGUUAGGCAAAUACCCACAAUCACUUGUUUCUUCUUCACUAUAGAUUUGCUUAUUCCAGUACUCAUUUUUCUCUGUCUAAGACUAAGAGAGAAAAUCAUGGAUUCCCAGGCGGUGAAGAGAACACCUUCUUCCCGCAAAGAAACUGAAAUGCUCCGAACAGCCAUGAAGCUGCUUCUAAUACUAGUGAUGCUGGGCUAUCUCAUGAUGUGGUUUAUGAUGCCCACUAACACAUACCGUCAUAUAUGGCUUCUCCAUAUCCGAAAUAAGUUUAAUUCCGCUUACUUUGGCAUACAAGGUGCAACCCUGUUGAUAUACUUCUUCCCCAUUCUUUUCGUUGCUGUCUUGGGCUGUGUUUAUCUCCACCUGGGGAAGAGAUCAAAUCACAACAAUUUCGAAAGCAAUGGCAGAAAACACAUCUUGGCCACUUGGAAGAAUCCGAUGGUAGUGAAAGGCCCCCUAGGAAUCGUUUCUGGAGUAGAGCUGGCCUUCUUGAUCAUGUUCGUCGCACUACUAAUUUGGUCUCUAUCAACUUAUUUACAUAACAGCUUUGCUACUAUUACUCCGAAGAGAGGAGAGCAAGCAUGGGAAGCUAAACUGGAGAGUGCGGCCCUUAGGCUAGGGUUAAUUGGGAACAUAUGUCUGGCAUUUCUCUUCUUCCCGGUGACUCGUGGGUCAUCGGUGCUGCCACUGCUUGGGCUCACCUCUGAGGGUAGCAUUAAGUACCAUGUAUGGAUUGGUCAUAUGGUGAUGGCAUUCUUCACUGCACAUGGACUUGGCUACAUCAUCUAUUGGGCUGUUACAAAUCAGAUUUCCGAGAUGCUGAAAUGGGGUAGGGCUGAGAUAUCAAACGUGGCUGGGGAGCUAUCUUUGCUGGCUGGGCUGGGCCUGUGGGCGACAACCUUCCCCCGCAUAAGGCGAAACAUGUUUGAGCUCUUCUUCUACACUCAUCAUCUCUACAUUCUCUUCAUGAUUUUCUUUCUCCUGCACGUUGCCAUCUCCUUCUCCUGUAUUAUGCUCCCUGGAUUUUACCUGUUCUUGGUCGAUCGCUACCUGAGAUUCUUACAAUCUCGACAAAGAGUUCGUUUAGUUUCAGCCCGCAUUUUGCCAUGUGAAACUUUAGAAAUCAACUUCUCUAAAAGCCCAGGUUUGAGUUAUAAUCCAACCAGCGUUCUAUUUGUAAAUGUGCCUACCAUUUCUAAGCUGCAAUGGCAUCCAUUCACUGUCACUUCUAAUAGCAACUUAGAACAAGAGAUGUUGAGUGUUGUGCUUAAAAGUGAAGGGAGUUGGUCCAAGAAGCUGUAUCAGAUGCUUUCAUCACCUUCCUCAAUUGAUCGUCUUGAAGUUUCAGUUGAAGGACCUUAUGGACCUGCUUCAACUCAGUUUCUAAGGCAUGAUACUCUUGUGAUGGUGAGUGGAGGCAGUGGAAUUACUCCUUUCAUAUCUAUAAUUCGAGAACUCAUCUUUGCAGCCACAACAUACAAAUGCAAGACUCCACAAGUAAUCCUAAUUUGCUCAUUCAAGAACUCUUCAGACCUAACCAUGUUAGACCUGCUACUUCCAAUAGCUGGUACCCCACCAGCAAUUUCCAAUCUGCAACUUAAAAUUGACGCUUAUGUUACGAGAGAGAAAGAACCCUCAUUCAAUAACUCGAAACUCCUUCGAACUAUAUGGUUCAAACCCCACCCAACAGAUGCACCUGUUUCGCCCAUUUUAGGCCCCAGUAGCUGGCUCUGGCUUGGCGCUAUAAUAUCAUCUUCUUUUAUCAUUUUCCUCAUCAUAAUUGGCCUUAUUACCCGCUAUUAUAUUUAUCCUAUCGAUCACAACACCUUGAAAGUUUUCUCAUACUCUUUUCGAUCCUUUCUGAAUAUGUUAGUAAUAUGCAUAUGCAUAGCCAUGACAGCAAGUGCAGCAAUUUUGUGGAACAAGAAACAAAAUGCAAGGGAAGCAAAUCAGAUUAAGAACCUUGAAGCGUACACAUCAAGUAGAACACCAGGCUCAUGGUUAUAUGAUGCUGAGAGAGAAUCGGAAAGUCUCCCUCUUCAGUCUCUUGUCCAGGCUACUAACGUGCACUAUGGUGAAAGACCUGACCUAAAGAGAAUGCUGGUUGAUUGCAAAGGAUCAAGCGUGGGAGUUCUUGUUUGUGGUCCGAAGAAGAUGAGGCAUGAGAUUGCAACAAUUUGUUCAUCUGGAUUGGCAAAUAAUUUGCACUUUGAAUUCAUUAGCUUUAGUUGGUGAUCUCAUCUUUUUCUUCUUCAUUUUUUUGCGUGCGUGUGGGUGUUUUGGUUUUAGGGGGCUGCGGAAGACCCUGGACAAGUUUCAGUCGGUUCUGCUCCAAGUCACUUUAAGCAGCAAUAGGUUUCUGGAUUUGUAAUUUGUAGGGUUUGUAUACGUGGAAAAUUACUGUGCCAUUGGCCGUAUGAAAUCCAGUUGCGUUGUUCAUACGCAAAUUUUAUUGUUUAAUGCAAGUAUCAAGUGAUGCGCUUGAGGUUGUUGCCA